AUGAAUGGGAUCUACCAGAUAAAGAACAUUGAAUUUUCUCUCUACCAUUUGUUGAUUGUGGACAAAAAUGGGGCCAGUCAACCCGUAGCGUUACUUUUCACGAAGGAAGAGACAACGGUUGCAAUUAGUGAAUGCCUACGGAUAUUUGAAGAGAAAAACGAUGUGUCCGUUACGAAAGUAACGAUGACAGAUAAAAACUGUUCCGAAAUCUCCGCAUUAGAGAAGUAUUUCCCGGAGGCCGAACACAUUUUAUGCCACUUUCAUGUUCUCAAGGCCGUCGACGCUUGGCUAAAUUCAUUAAAGGAAGGUGAAGGUUUCACCAAAGAAAAGAAGCAUGAGAUCCGAGAAAAGUUUCGUAUAUUUCUAUACGCCGAAACACAAACUGAGUUGGAAACAGCCAAAGCGCCACUUUGUGAAGAUGGUGAAGGAACUAUUGCAGCGUAUUUCCAUAAAAAUUGGUUCAGCAUUAGUGACAAAUGGACGAGUGUAGGAAGACGGCACUUGCCAACAUUGGGCAACAACACAACAAAUAGGCUGGAACGCUUCCAUCACACCAUCAAAGAAGUUCUCGGAAAAGAUAGGCGAUUGGCUAAGGGGAUCAGUGCUUUAGUAGAUAUCGUACGCAUCCGCCUUAGCGGCAGGCAACUUAUGCAGAAAAUACGAGAGGUCAAAUUUCCGAGACAGGGCAAACAUCUGUAA